CAACAGCUGAUUGCAAAUGUCAAACGGCACUUAAAAAACACGCAAGUGUUUUAUUUGUAUUUAAUUUUUUUAACAUUCCAACGCAUUGAAAUUUAGCCAGCAGAAAAUGACUAUAACAAAUUUACAACGUUGGCUUCUCUAUAUAGGACUUUUCGCAAUACCCUAUCUAGCUAUAGUGGCUGGUUAUCUGCGGGCGCCUGUGUUAACCAAGUGGGAAUUGGAAAUCCAAUUGUUGCCGAUUGUGCUACUGGUUUUGUUUGGAGCUUAUGCUGCCACAGUUGUGCUCUAUCGCACCUUUACAUUCAACGACUGUCCACAAGCGGCCAAAGAGUUGCAGCAACAAAUUGAAGAAGCGCGGAAAGAUUUAAAAGAAAAAGGUUUUGUAUUUCGCGACUGAUGCAUAUUUGUAACUACUUUUAUAAGCUGAUUAACUUUCCAAUCAUAUUAAUUAUUAAAUAUAAUUGAGUUAUAUGUAAAUAAAUAUAUAAUUAUGUACUUACGUAUGAAUAAU